AUGAUCCGUACCAUCAUGGAGAAAUCUCGAAGUAUGCUACACUACAAGGGCGUUUCAAUGGAGUGGUGGGCUGAAGCAGUCAAUACUGCGCUGGGUUUUAAAGUAAAGCCUACAUUAGACCACUUACGCGUAUUUGGUUCUCGCGGCUACGUCUAUAUAGACAAGGCAAAGAGGACGAAGCUUGAACCUAAGAGCUUUAGGUGUCUGCUGCUUGGAUACUCAGAAAACGUCAAGGGUUACCGUGUCUAUGACUUGGACGCUUCCAAGAUCAAAGUGUGUCGCUCAGUAAAGCUGGACGAGCGUGAGGUGGGUGGUAUCUACGUUACACUACCGCCUCAGAAUGAACCAGUCACCCAUGUUACCACGAACGUUGACUAA